AUGUCGACUAGUACUACAGAUAACAAGAGUGUUGAGGAUACAACCCAACAAUUAGAAGGGUUAACAACCACUACUACUACUGCUACUGCCAAGCCAGCAGCUGCAGCAGUACCAGAAAAGAAACACAAAGAAAAGAAAGAGUCAAAGAAGAAGUUUGUAUUAAAGACACCAAAGGGAACACAAGAUUACACUCCUCCACAAAUGGCUAUUCGUGAAGAGUUGUUUAAUAACAUUAAAUCAUGUUUCAAGAAACAUGGUGCUGUCACUAUCGAAACUCCCGUCUUUGAAUUAAAGGAUACAUUAACAGGAAAAUAUGGAGAAGAUUCAAAGUUGAUUUAUGAUUUACAAGAUCAAGGAGGAGAGAUUUGUUCAUUGCGUUAUGAUUUGACUGUACCAUUUGCAAGAUAUGUAGCAAUGCAUGGUAUUCGUUCGAUCAAGAGAUAUCACAUUGCACGUGUCUAUCGUCGUGAUAACCCUGUUAUGACCAAGGGUCGUUUUAGAGAGUUUUAUCAAUGCGACUUUGAUAUUGCCGGCGAGUACGAUUUGAUGGUGCCAGACGCCGAGUGUGUCAUGUUGAUGUGCGAGAUUCUCGAGUCGGUCAAGGUCGGCAACUUUGUCAUCAAGUUGAACCACCGCAAGCUGCUCGAUGCCAUCUUUGCCAUCUGCGGUGUACCAGCCGACAAGUUUAGAACGAUCUGCUCGGCAGUCGACAAACUCGACAAGAUGUCAUGGGAGUUGGUCCGCAAGGAGAUGGUCGAAGAGAAGGGUUUGGACGGCGAGGUAGCCGACCGCAUUGAAAAGUUUGUCAAGUUGAAUGGACACCCACGUACUUUGAUGGCCCAAAUCCGUGCUGAAAAGCUAUGUGACGGUCACAAGGACGCUAUUGCCACACUCGACCAACUCGACGUCCUCUUUACCUAUCUCGAGGCUAUGGGAUGUCUCGAUCGUGUCAGCUUUGAUCUCAGUCUUGCUCGUGGACUCGAUUAUUACACUGGUAUCAUUUACGAGGCCAUCAUUACCGAGUCGGACAGAGGCAGUGUCGCUGCAGGCGGUCGUUACGACGGUCUCGUCGGUAUGUACGGAAACACCGAGGUGCCAUCGGUCGGCUUUAGCAUUGGCGUCGAGCGUCUCUUCUCAAUCCUCGAAGAAGAGGCCGCCAAAAAGAAGAUCAAGAUCCGUCAGAACCAGACCGAGGUCUAUGUCUGCCAGAUGGAUCGUGACAUCAACAUUACCGAGCGUCUCAAGAUCAUCGCCGAGCUUUGGAAGGCCGGUAUCAACACCGAGUACAUGUACAGAGCCACCCCCCAACCCAAGAAACAAAUCGAAGCCGCCUCUGACGCCCAAGUCCCCGUCAUGGUACUCAUUGGCAAGACCGAGCUUGAAACCAACUCUGUCGCCGUCAAAAACAUGGCCACCAAGCAACAAGAAGUCGUCGAACGUAGUCAACUCGUUGCAAAGGUUCAAGAAAUUUUAAAAUCAAUCGAUCAAAGUCAAAUCUCUAAUUUAUUCAAGUAA